ACUAACCAAUAUGGCGGGCUAGACAUUUCUUCGGCUCUGACAAGUGGAAGAUAUUACUUAUUGUUUAUUAUUGAACUUAGUAUAAUACUAUUGACAUGAUUGACAUCUAAGUUUAGAUAGCGUGUUUAUGAAUUAUAAGCAAAUGCCAUGUGUGAAACUUGCACGGACGUUUUGAUUCUUCUAGACAAUCAUGAUGAACGAGUUCACAGUAAUGUUGGUUUACAGCUUAAUAAAAGAGAGAUACAAGCUGUUAUUUUAUAUGUUGGAACAUGGGCACAGAGGCAAUGCAUGUGCUGUUACAAGGACUUCAAGAACAUUGAAAAACUGAAUAACCUGAUUCAGACUGUAUUACGGACUGCGAUCCGCUUGAUACAAACUCUGCCGACCGACAUACAGAAAGAAUUCGAUAAAAUUUACCCUAAAGAUGAGGAUCAAAAGACUAAAGAUGAAGAGCAACCUGAAGUUGACAAAGAAGAAAAAACAGAGAAAAAAGAAGAAAAGGAAGAAAAAUCAGAAGAUCAAGAAGAAGAAAAUGAAUAUUGGUCUUUAGAAGAAAAAGAGAAAUUAGUUCAAUUCAUAACUAAAGUUUUUCUGAUGAAUUUUCCCCUUUAUAUGGCUUACAAACAUUUUAUCCACACAUCAUUGGAGGAGCUUUCACAACAUGAAACAAGUGCACUUAACAAUUAUUGUGAAAUCUCAGAUCCUGAUGUACCCCUUUAUUUACUGCGUAAUGUUUGUUUUUUCUGCGACACAAACGGUAUACAAGCUUUAGAGCAGUGUUUUGAGAAAGCAACACCUGAGACUUUACCUUUUAAUUUUGCUCAUUUACUGAUUCAUUUAAUUGCUAAUUUGAGAUUAUGGAUGAAUAUACCAACAGUAAUGCAGUGUAUAAUACCACUCAGAUCAGCUGUUAUAAGAUAUAUGUGUAGUUUAUCUGAUAGAGAAUUACGGAAUGCUGGUAGUAGAAAUAUGACGGAGUUAAUGUGGGCUGCCGUCAAGGAACCAUUAGAAAAUCAUUUUAGUUUUGAUAAAGAGGGUUUACAGCUGGGUUUUAAAUAUUUUACUUGUACCACCUUGACGAUAAGAUUAGCAGGGAUAGCACAAAUUAAUAGUCAAAUUAAUUUAUAUAAUGAUAGUUGUAAUAAUGAAACAUUUAUGGAUGCAGAAAGUGUUGGAAAUGAACUUGCCCAAUGGUUGAUUGAAAAUAAAAUAGUUGAACAUAUAUUUGGUCCAAAUCUACAUGUUGAGGUAAGUCGUAUUGAAUGUAUACUAUGUUCAGCAUGCUGUCCCAGUGUGUUAAUGUAUAAAACUGGUUACAUCGGUCGAUCAUGA